GCGCCGGGCCCCUGCGCGCCGUCUCCGGCUCCGUCCCCCUUUUUUUUUUUUGCUCCGUCUUUUCCCGGGUAGCUUCUAAUCCAGACUGCGCGGUAUUGUGGGCUGGCCCCCGCUUCCCCAUGUGGUCCCUGCAUCAUUGACAUGGCGGAAUCCCCCACCGAAGCCUCCCGCUAGUGACUCCCGCGAGCUGCAGCAAGCAGGGAUUGACCGGACUGCUCGCCCGCCCAUCGGCCCGGGAAGAACAGGGCGAGCGCCGCGGGCUUGGGCACCCCUGUUUCCAGCACAAGGAGGCCCGCCGAGGAAAAUUCUCCAUGAAUGUACGUCACAAUGAUGAUGACCGACCAAAUCCCACUGGAGUUGCCAUCAUUGUUGAAUGGAGAGGUAGCCAUGAUGCCUCACUUAGUCGGUGGAGAUGGAACACAACAGGUCAUUUUCGUUCAAGUUAAUCCAGGUGAAACCUUUACAAUAAGGGGCGAAGAUGGAACGCUUCAGUGCAUUCAAGGACCUGCAGAAGUUCCCAUGAUGUCACCCAAUGGAUCCAUUCCUCCCAUACAUGUGCCUCCAGGUUAUAUCUCACAGGUAAUAGAAGACAACACAGGCGUUCGCAGGGUGGUGGUCACGCCCCAGUCUCCGGAGUGCUAUCCUCCCAGUUAUCCUUCUGCCAUUUCUCCAACCCACCACUUACCGCCAUAUCUUGCACAUCAUCCGCAUUUCAUCCAUAACUCUCACACAGCUUUCUACCCACCGGUCACUGGGCCCGGAGACCUGCCUCCCCAAUUUUUCCCUCAGCAUCAUCUUCCCCCUACAAUUUAUGGAGAGCAAGAAAUUAUACCACUAUAUGGAAUGUCCAGUUACAUAACCAGAGAAGAUCAGUACAACAAACCCCAUCCCAAGAAGAUGAAAGACCGACAGAUCGACCGCCAAAACCGUUUGAAUAGCCCCCCUUCCUCCAUCUACAAGAGUCAUCUGGGAAACUGUACGACUGUGUACAACGGCACCGUCAAGGCUCACAACGGCGCUGCAAAUGGGGGCGGCAGUGGUGGAGGAGGAAUUGGCGGCGGCGGUGGAGCCCCGACUGUGAAAAAAGCAGAACGCCGGGCGAGAAGCAGCCCCAAAUCGAGUGAGCCGGAGCUGCACGAAUGCGACACGGAAUCAAAAAGGGUUCAAGACAUUCUUUCUGGGAUUGAAAAACCGCAGGUAUGUGAUUCAGAGAUGACAUGGGGAAGGUCAUUAUCCCUCAGGCACUUGGCUAUAGUAAUCCUGCCCAAGAUCAAAGACUCCCAUCUUCUGGAUAGUGUGUUUCACCCAAAGUACACUGGAGAAGACCGUACCUGUACUGUGAAAAAUCUCAAAAGAAGCACACAAUAUAAAUUCAGGCUCAUUGUCUCCAAUGUAGAAGGGAAGAGUAGCCCCAGUGACAUCUUGGUCUGCACCACAAGCCCCGACAGGCCAGGGCCUCCCACCAGACCUGUGGUUAAAGGGCCAGUAACAUCUCAUGGCUUCAGUGUCAAAUGGGAUCCUCCUGAGGAUAAUGGCGGUUCAGAAAUCCUGAACUACUUGUUAGAAAUUUCAGAAGGAAGCUCUGAAGCAAAUCAAUGGGAAGUAGCCUACAGAGGAUCUGCGACCGAAUGUAUAUGUACCUACUUGAAACCAGGCACUUUGUAUAAGCUCCGGGCAUGCUGUAUUAGCACUGGUGGACACAGUCAGUGUUCCGAAAGUUUACUUGUCCGUACGCUCAGCGUUGCACCAGGCCAGUGUCCACCCCCGCGAGUGUUGGGGAAACCAAAGCAUAAAGAAGUGGAGCUGCAGUGGGAUGCUCCCCCUGUGUCAGAAACUAGUUGUCACAUCUCUGCGUAUAGCAUAGAGAUGACUGGACCUGAAGAGGCCGUUUCUGAGGUGUAUCAUGGCCCGGACCUUGAAUGUACGAUCACCAAUCUCCUGCCUGGGACAACGUAUCACUUCAGAGUGAGGGCUUUGAAUGAUGGAGGGUAUGGGCCAUUUUCCAAAGCCACAGAAGUCACAACAACUACUGGGCCUCCUGGGCAGUGUCGAGCACCAUGCCUUACCUUCCUUUCCAACACAAGUGUACUUGUUAGCUGGGAGAGGCCAGGGAGGCCAAGGAGGGGAAAUCCAGCCUCGCCCAGGCGAGCUCAGCCCCAACAUCUACAGGCGGCAAUCAACCAGGCGGGAGCAGGACCUUACAGUGACCUAGUCACCUGCAGAGCACCAGCAUCGGUACCUGAUGCGGUCACCGUCCUCUCUGUCUCAGAUGAUGAGCACCUGGAUGCCUACCCACUAUCGCCUUCCGUGUGCCUUGUAUUGAACUGGGAAGAACCGUGCAAUAAUGGGUCCGAGAUCAUUUCCUACAAUAUCGACCUUGGCGAUAUUACUAUCCCAGUGGGUAACGUCACAAGUUACAUUAUAGAUGACCUGCUUCCAGAGACGAUGUACCGCAUCCGGAUCCAGGCAGUCAACGACAUCGGAGCGGGACCUUUUAGCGACUUCAUUAAGGCCAAGACCAGACCCCUCCCCCCUCUGCCUCCUCGGCUCGAGUGCACGGCGGCCGGUCCUCAGAGCCUGAGGCUGAAAUGGGGGGAGAGCACUUCCAAACAGCACGCCUCCGACGACAUGGUGUACAUCUUACAGAUAGAGGACAGGAACAAGAGGUUUAUUCCCAUCUAUAGGGGACCAAGUCACACUUACAAGGUACAGCGGCUGAUGGAAUUCACCUGCUAUGCAUUUAGAAUACAAGCUGUAAAUGAUGCUGGGGAAGGACCCUUCUCAGAAGUGUUCACCUUCACCACAACCAAAUCUAUCCCACCUGUCAUCAAAGCACCUCGAGUGAGACAGAUGGAAGGGAAUGCCUGUGAAAUUGCAUGGGAAACAGUACCCCCCAUGAAGGGAGAUCCCGUCAGAUACGUUCUGCAAGCUCUGGUUGCCAGAGAAUCAGAGUACAAACAGGUGUACAAGGGAGAGGAGACAACGUUCCAAAUCUCAGGCCUUCAAACGAACACAGACUACCGAUUCCGCGUGUGCGUUUGCCGACGGUGUUUGGAUACCUCACAAGAACUUAGCGGACCUUUCAGCCCAUCAGUUGCCUUUAUGCUCCAGCGAAGCGAGCUCAUGCUUACAGGGGAAACGGGAAGGAUAGACGACCCUAAGACGAAAAGUUUGAUGCCUUCUGACGAACAGUUUGCGGCCCUCCUCGUCCUGGGCUUUGCAAGCGUCUCCAUCUUAUUUGCCUUCAUACUACAAUAUUUGUUGAUGAAGUAGAGAGUCCGACAUACGAGCUUUUGCGGCGGCAUUUUUAAGCAGUGCUGCGCAUUAUAAUCCACAUGUUUUAUUCAGAUAGCCUUUUUUUAAUUUUCUUUUUUUCAGCAGUGUUUUCCAGUACAUUUUAUACAUUUUUUUUCCUGGAUUUGUGGGUUUUGGAGGGGGGAUGAAGGGGGGGGGAACCUCUGUCCUACCUAAUAAAUAAAUUUUGUGUUUGGGUGCACCUUUCUGAAAUUCAAAGAAAUGGUCAAACUUCAGAAAUAAUUGAAGCCAGAUACCAAGUUGUGUUCCGGACAUGCUCCCCAGGACUCAUAACUGUAACCAGUUUGCCUUCAAUUUUUGUUUUGCUGAUUAUUGCAAUCUUUAAAAUGGAGUUUAGUAAGUUAGAAUAACUGUUUGCUUUAGAUUCUACUGCAUCCGCAGACUUUAACAACCAGUGUAUAAGUGUAUUGUGGUUACAGUGCAUCCAACAAUAUGUAGUCUUGGAUUGGACAAUAUUGUUGCAUAUGGUCACUACAGUUCUCCCCUCCUCCCCCCCCCCCCAGUCUAUGGUAAAAAAAAAACUCUCCUACAUUAUCAACUGCAUAUUUAGCACAUUUCAAUCCAAAUAAUUUAUCCUGCAACCUGAAGUCCUUUUUAAAUAAUAGUCUCUUUAUUCCAUCUGUUUGCGCACUAUGAACUGCCUGUAUAACAAAUCUGAUAACCAAAUAGCUUUAUAAAUGACAAAGCAUUACAGUUUUCUACCUUUUUUUAUUUUAUAGCAGUAAUGUUAAGAGGGCAUUGUGCAAUAGUUACUCCCAUGUCCAGCUUUUUUUUAAAAGCUGCUUUUAACUUGUUUCGCCUUUGUAUAUAACUUACUUUUAAUCCAAUCACUAGAUUUUAUUAUAUUCAUUUUGAUUUAUAUGUUUAGAACUGGUGAAAGUUUGCUGCCUUUGCUGUUUCGUAUCAAGUAUUACCUUGACAUACGCCGUCUUUUGUAGUCAGUCAGCCACUUAAGGGCAAGAGGAAACCAUCUCUCAGCCUUGGGAAAAAAUGAAACGAGUUCAAUUUAAGGAAUCUCAGGCUGAGCCUUGAUGUUACAGAGAACUUGUAGCUGCCGCUCAAAACAUCAGCCCUGCUCCUUCUCUGAUCUCCCAUAACCCUGCUAUUAUAAAAUAUACCCUUUGACACUAAUGCAAUGCAAUGCCAUUUCCAGCCCCACCCACUUUCCAUAGCUGCUGCUUUGUGGGCAUCGGGGAGUUUGCACUGCGUGGGUUUCAAGUCACGUGCUUUAUAAUAGGAGACAUUACGCAGGCAAAGGAGAGACACAAGGGGGCCGCUUCUGUCGGCAGCCACGCGUGCUCAGUAAUAUCUAGCACCAGCCUUGAAUUGGCAUUUUUAAGUGAUGGUUGUGAAAGCUGUUGUCAUUUUCCCUUCAGAUUAUUGUGUCUGUCCUUACAUCAGUGGCCCGAAUAUGCAUGUUAACCCAUCAAAAUCCUUGAUUUUUUUUUUGUUCUGCUUUGUUUUUAAACUUUGAGUCAUUGGAUUAUUUAUAUGACGUCAAUGUUGUUUAAGUGCCUCAGGGAUAUCAGUCAGCAGGAGGUGCGAGUAAAUUCCAAAAGGGUGCAACAGACACAGGGUACAAUUCACCAGGGGCUCCUCUGGGGCUCGCCUCCUUUAAAUCGAACGGGCUUCUUGUCACGCGCCCCAUUCAUUUCAGUAGAGUUCGCACGGGAGCCGACGCCUCUGCGUUGCUCGCGUUGUCCUCUAGCAGGGGGUGCACUUGGAGGGGUCCCCCCAUGAAUUGUGCUCCACAUUUUGUAUAUCCCUGCUUUUAAAACAAAAAAAAAUUCUGUAUAUUUUUGCUACUUUGAUUUUGUCAUAGCUUUUCUAUCCUCUGUGCUAUGACGCGGUGUCCUGUGCUAGCAUAUCUUCCCAUAACCAAAGUAAUGGGGAAACCGACAUUAUUUUUGUUAGGUUUAUUUAUACUAUAUACUGCAUACAGUACUUUAAAUGCCAAUUACAGUGCAAUCUUAUUAUUUAUUGUAAAAUAAAAUUAAGAAUAAAGUGUACUUAUGUACUAAAUUUCCCCCCCCCCCCCCUUGUAGCAUGUUAUAUUUUCUUCUUCUUCUUUUUUUUUGGUCAUUUUAUACAAGUGUACUUUAGGUAAAAUGCCUAUACCCCGCCAGCAGCAUUCCUAGUAUUAUUAAUCUUCUUACAGUUUUUGUGUGUUUUUUAAACAAAUGGGAGUGUCUUUGUGUAUUAAAUGCCAAAAAGGGACCCCAACCAGCUUUGAACACAGUAAGCCACCGAGGAAGACUCUGUGCGGUGGCUAUUGAAUGGGGUUUGCCCACCAACACAACUCGGCACUCUCAACGGAAAAGUUUACAUGUAGCCAAAAAAUAAAAUAAAUAAAAAUCAUGACAUCUCUUGAAAGAAAGUGCUAAGAUUGAUGGAUUAUUCUGUGUGCCUCUCUAGAUGUAGCAAAAAUAGUACAAUGGUUCUGUAUAUUGUUAUUGAGUAUAGUUAGUUCAUCAAUUAUUUUUUUUUUGCCUUGCAAAACUAAUGGCAUUAAGCUAAUUUGCUUUCAUUUUUCUCCUUUGGUCGAAGUCGUGGCUUGUCUAAUGUUUCUAGGGGGAUUUUUUGUUCUUCAUUUGAAUUGACUUGUUCCGUGAAACUUGUGUGACCUUUGCAUAUAAAUUUUGUAAGCGUAACAGGUCUAGGAAGAUGAUUAUCUGGUGGAGAGGGGGGAAUUAUUGUUUCUUUUCAACAAAAGUGAAAAAAACCACAGCCCCAUCUCAAAAAUACUAGUUGCACUUAAGUCUGAAUGGGAGAAGUCAGCUGUGACUACUGUAUGUCCCGUGAGCUCCAGUGGACCUUCAGGAUUAGUUAUUUUGGCUGGAUUAGGGCCGGAAAAUGAAUCAUUAGGAAAGCCACAAAUUCGAACGUGUUUCCUUUUGCCCCGAAUAUUCCAAUCGCUGUUGAAGCUUCUCUGCAGCAAGGAUUUCCUACCUAACAAUGGAAGGCGAAAUAAACUACUGUAAACUUUGUAAAAGUGGGCUCUCUGAAUCCAGACUGAUACACUUUGAGUGUUGAAAAUCAUGGAGUAGUUUUUCAUAGGGCAAGUAAACGUGGUGAGGGGGAAAAAUCUGUAACACUUUAUUUUAAAUAUUCUCUUGAUGCUAAUUUGUGAUAUAUUUUAUUAGUUUCAAAGUCAGAUAUCCCCCCUUUAAAUCUACCACCAAAUCAUCAGAUCAUGUCCAUAAAACUUCAAUGGUUCCCUUUUAAACACUGCAUUUGUGUCACAUAAAUUCACUGGGCUUCAAUAAAGUGUUACAAAUUCAAACCAUUCCUGUUUCAGCAUUCGUUACCAGCGGACACAGUGGUUUGCUGAUUACUUUGUAUUUCCCUUUAUGUCUUUCCUGACCCUGUCAAUAUCAGCUGUGUAAAACCACCUCCCUCCCCCGGCCCCAAAUCCUGUAGGCUAUAAUGAAAUUGUAAAAAUACAAAGUGGGGAAAGUAUUUUAAGAAACUAUUUAAAAAGGAAAAGAAACAUUUUUAUAUUAUCUGCCUUUGUUGUUUUGAACUUGAAAUGUUGUAGUUUUCUAAUCCUGUUUUGUCAGCGACAGUAAAUCAGUAUUCACUGUUACCAUGGUAAAAUGCCCUAAACUGAAUGUUUCUGAACAUAAUCCUUGCACAAUUCUUUAAAUUGAAAAAAAAAUAUAAGUUUUUUUACCUCACUUAUAGGACAUACAUUCCAAGCUUUUCAACUUUAAGAGAGAAAUAAUCAUAAGUUUUCUUGUAUUGUAAAUUUUAACUAUUUCAUAUGCAUUGUAUUAAAAAAACUGCCAUAUCAAUUUUACUGUAUAGAUUUUUGCAAAUAUUACACUCUGUACGUAAGACUUAACUGUAUCUGUAGUGUAUAUGUAAUAUAUUUAUGCCCAAUAAAUGUUUUAAUUCUU